AUUUCUUUUCUCUUUUGUUCUUGAAUAAAUCAGUAUGUACAAUACAGAUAUUGUUGCACCUGGAGAGAAAGUAGAUAUUCACGACGAAUCGACAUACAACUAUAUUCCUUAUAAUGACAUCAAGGAUUCCUCUCCAAAUACUAGCUCAGACAGUUCUCCUUUUGAAAGGAAAAGACGUGUAUCGACUGCUCACAUUAUGCCCAACGAUUUUCCCGACAACCAAGUAGAGGAAUUUGCUUAUGACGAACUAGUAUCGAAAUGUGCUAGUUUCCUUGGUAGCCCUAUAGUAAACGAGAUAGUUACUCAGUUUGCAUCUAACGUGUUGACAAUCAUUGGUUCCCCUAAUGUAUUGGAAUCUAAAGAAGUGAAGCGUCGAUUGGAACAAGUAUUACCAACAAGCCAUGAAUAUAAAUAUCAUCGAGGCAUGGAAAUUCCUGAUAAUGAUUGUGUGAGCUUGUGUAGUCUAGCUGAUCGCGCUAUCAAUGUGCCUGUAGGAUCUCCUACAAAUGUUGAUAUUGUUGAUGAUGACAAUGACGAGGAAGAAGUAGAAGAACAGAACCUCCACGAUGUCUAUUAUGUUCGACAGCUCAAUAAAAACACUCAAGAACAUGAUAGAUUACCCAGACAGUUGCCUAGUUUUGUUGAAGUCAAUGAAGACUUGGAUAAGGCCAUUAUUGAGUAUGAUCUUGACGUUACACCCUAUGACAGUGAGCUGGAAGAACCACCCAUUCGAAUGCAAUUGGUUUAACAUGUGGCUUAUGUAGUCAAUGCAAAAUAAAAUUCUUUUUUUUUCUCUUU